AUGGCGACCAGCAGGAAGGUUUCCACCCUGACUGUGAUCACUUACGUGGGGCUGAGCCUCUCUCUGCUGUGCCUCCUCCUGGCGGCCCUCACCUUCCUGCUGUGCAAAGCCAUCCAGAACACCAGCACCUCAGUCCACCUGCAUCUCUCACUCUGCCUCUUCCUGGCCAACCUGCUCUUCCUCACGGCCAUCGACAAAACUGAGCCUGAGGUGCUGUGCGCCAUCAUCCCGGGUGCCUUACACUAUCUCUACCUGGCCUCCUUCACCUGGAUGCUGCAGGAGGGCCUGCACCUCUUCCUCACCGCACGCAACCUGAAGGUGGUCAACUACUCCACCUUCAGCAAGUUCAUGAAGAAGUUGAUGCUCCGUGUGGGCUACAGCGUCCCAGCUGUGAUUGUGGUUAUUUCCGCAGCUUUUAGGCCUAGCCUUUAUGGAACACCUGCCCGAUGCUGGCUCAGCACACAAGAGGGAUUUAUAUGGACCUUCCUUGGCCCUGUCUGCACCAUCUUCUCUGUGAUGCUAAAAUGUGGAGAUUGCCAUGAAAACUGGGACAAAUUAACUUGGCUUUCAUUCUGGAUUCUGAAAACCAAGCUCUCCUCACUCAACAGGGAUGUGUUCACCCUCCAGAACAGAAGGAUGCUGACAUUUAAAGUGAUGGCUCACUUCAUCAUCUUGGGCUGCACAUGGUGUCUGGGAAUCGUGCAGGUGGGUCCAGCUGCUCUCACCAUGUCCUAUCUCUUCACCACCAUCAACAGCCUGCAGGGCGUCUUCAUGUUCCUGGUGUACUGUCUCCUCAGCCAGCAGGUCCGAGAGCAAUACAGGAAAUGCUGGAAGGGGGUUAGGAAAACCAAAGUUGACUCUGAGAAGUACACACUCUCCAGCAUAGCCAUGUCAGAUGCCCCUAAACACAUGAUUGUUUCAGCUAGUCUGUGA